CCAGAGGUGUGCACCAAAGUUUCUUCCCAGUAGCAGCUGCAGAUUGUGAUGUGACUGAUAGGAGUUUAUCGGAAUUGCAAACUGACAAACCAUGUCGAUAAGAACGUAUGGUAACAAACCUGUCAGUUUUCAGUUGGAAGAUGGUGGGGACCAUUAUUGCAUUGGUUCUGAGGUCGGAAAUUAUCUUCGCCUCUUUCGUGGAGCACUUUACAAAAAAUAUCCCGGACUUAGUCGCCGACUGGUUACUGGCGAUGAGAGGAAGAAAUUGACAGAACUGGGAUUGAGUCAACAUUGCAUAGCGUCGAGCAUAUCGCUUAUCAGAGCUUGUGAAGUGAGCGAUAUUCUGGACGGAAAUGACGAAAUGUACAAGGCUAUUUCGGUCUCUGCUGUAGAACAGCCUGCAUUACGAGAUGCGAAGCAAAAGAAACCAACACAAUGGGUCCCAUCAUUGCCGAACAGCUCUCAUCUCGACGCUGUACCACAAGCGACACAGAUUAGCAGAUCUCAAGUCAGUUCAAAGAAAGUCAGAACGUUUCCGAUGUGCUUUGACGACACGGACCCCUACUCAAUAUCAGAAAAUGCGCAACAGCCAGAAAUAUUGGUUCCUAUUCGUCUAGAUAUGGAGAUUGAAGGGCAAAAAUUGAGGGAUACGUUCACAUGGAAUAAGAACGAAAUGCUGGUCACACCUGAACAAUUUGCCGAAGUUCUUUGUGACGAUUUGGAUAUAAAUCCUACCAUGUUCAUUCCAGCCAUUUCACAAUCUAUCCGUCAACAAGUGGAUGCUUAUGCUUUCCCAACAGACAAUUUGUUGGAAGACCAGAGCGAUCAAAGGGUCAUUAUUAAGCUCAACAUUCAUGUUGGUAACACCUCCCUCAAUGACCAGAUUGAGUGGGACAUGGGGGAAAAAGAAAAUAGUCCAGAACAGUUCGCUAACCGCCUCUGCGCCGAACUGGGAUUGGGAGGGGAGUUUGUGACAGCAAUUUCAUAUUCAAUACGAGGUCAACUGUCGUGGCAUCAGAGGACUUAUGCUUUCAGUGAAGCUCCACUGCAAACUGUUGAAACCCCGUUUCGGCAACACGGCGAUUCCGAUUCGUGGGCACCAUUUCUGGAAACGCUCACAGACGCCGAGAUGGAGAAGAAAAUUCGUGACCAAGACAGAAACACGAGAAGAAUGAGACGUUUAGUCAAUUCUACGCCUGGGUGGUAACAAACGAAUGAAGACACAUCAUUUUAGAAUCUCAGAAUCCAGUUGUGUUCCCCCUGCCUACAGUCAAUAUGUUUAUGUAGUCAUAAGUAUUUAGUGAUAGACUGCAGAUAGUCGAUAUUUGAUUUAUGUGGUGCUGAUUUUUACGCAAAUACUAAAAUAUAUUUGUUACAGUGUUAGAAGAAAAACUAAGUCAAAAGGUUUAUACAUGCGUGUAUAAUUUAAUUUUACAGUACUAGUCAUUAAUUUGAUUCUUUUUUUUGCUGUGGUCAUUUUACGUAUAGAAUUUAAGAUUUACUACUAUUACAUACAAAAUAAAUUAUUUUAUUGGAUAGCAAUAUUAAGUAAAAACAUUUAAGCCGCUGUCAAGCAAUACUUUAUCGUCACUUUUAAAUACUAAAGUUACUUCCAACACAAAUUAUAUAUGCAUUCAUUCAAUUUAUCUAGAAUCUCCCCAUUAGUAUCAUUAUUUGUGAAAUCUCGAUUAUCUUUAAAUACCUCAAAUAAAUUCACAUUAAUUCUAAAAUUCUCGCAUUGUGAUCCACUAAGUUGUACCUUUUUUUGCUAUUCAGCAGAUAUGUGUGAAACAUGCGUAUGAAAACAUAACAUGAGUGGUAAAAUAAAGAAAAAAAUAUUAAAGAUACA